GAGAGAGAGAGAGAGAGAGAGAGAGAGAGAGAGAGCGACUGAAGGAUGUGACAUCUUUUUUCUCUCUUACAUUCGGUUUACGGACAGCGGAGAAGCAGCGACCAUGCUGUGGAAACUAGUUGAGAAUGUCAAGUACGAAGAUAUUUACGAGGACCGCCACGACGGCGUCUCGAGCCACAGCUCGCGCCUGUCCCAGCUGGGUUCGGUCUCCCACGCCGGGCCCUACUCCAGCGCGCCGCCCCUCUCCCACGCCCCGUCGUCGGACUUCCAGCCUCCCUACUUCCCGCCGCCGUACCAGCCGCUCGCCCACUACCAGAGCCAGGACCCCUACUCCCACGUCGGCGACCCGUAUUCCCUGAACUCUCUGCACCAGAGCCAGCAGGGCGCAUGGGGGGCGCGGCAGCGGCAGGACGGGGAGCGGAUGGACAGCUCGUCUUUGCUGGCCCAGCCUCGGGCCUCGCUGCCGCAGCUGCCCGGGCUGGACCCGCGGCGGGACUACGGUGGGGUGAGGCGGCCCGACGUGCUGCUGCACGCCGCUCAUCCGGGACUGGAGCCCGGAAUGGGCGACGGACUGUUGCACGGACUACACGGCAUGGAGGAUGUACAGACAAUUGACGACACCAACGGAACCAGCAUACUGGAUCAAUCUGUAAUUAAGAAAGUACCCAUGCCACACAAGAACAUCGGCUCGUUGAUGCUGGGCAAGGACGGCCUGAUCGGCGGAGUCAGCGUCAACAUCAACGAACUGUUCUGUUCGGUGCCGGGUCGGCUGUCCCUGCUCAGCUCCACCUCCAAAUACAAAGUGACCGUCGGGGAGGUGCAGAGGAGACUUUCGCCGCCCGAGUGCCUCAACGCAUCCUUAUUGGGGGGCGUGUUGAGAAGAGCAAAGUCCAAAAACGGUGGGAGAUGCCUGAGAGAAAAACUAGAGAAGAUUGGACUGAAUUUACCUGCUGGGAGGCGCAAGGCUGCCAAUGUCACGUUGCUGACGUCACUCGUAGAAGGCGAGGCCGUGCACCUUGCCCGGGACUUCGGCUACAUCUGCGAGACGGAGUUCCCCACCAAAGCCGUGAGCGAGUACCUCAACCGGCAGCACGCGGAUCCCAACGAGCUGCACACGCGGAAAAACAUGCUGCUGGCCACCAAACAGCUGUGUAAGGAGUUCACAGACCUGCUGGCCCAGGACAGGACUCCCCUGGGCAACUCGAGGCCCACCCCCAUCCUGGAGCCCGGCAUCCAGAGCUGCCUCUCUCACUUUUCCUUCAUCACACACGGCUUCGGUUCGCCCGCCAUCUGCGCUGCGCUCACAGCUCUCCAAAACUACCUCACCGAGGCCCUCAAAGGACUCGACAAGAUGUUUCUCAACAAUCCUCCAAACCGGCACGGCGACAACAAGGCCGGCGAUAAAGACGAAAAGCAGCGGAAAUGAACCAGAUGUUACAUUGUCACUCGCAGCUUUACGCUACUGAGACUGACGUGCCGCACGCAGGCCUGCAUGAGGGCGAAGGGGACGAAGAACUCCAGACACACCGAAGGAUUGUUCACCUGCGUUACCUUCUUCCACUGCCCCGAGGACAUGCUGGUUGCGGCGUUACAUCCAUUUUGCUCCCCGUGCCGGUUUCCAGAUCGAGGUGCUGCGUGCAGCAGUAGACAUUGUGUGUGCGCUUGUGUUUGUCUUCACGCAACAAAAGCAAAAGCACCGUGAGUACGAAGAUAGGUAAUGAGAUAUAUCUAUCUGUGAAACAGAUAGGUUUGGUAACUACACACAAAUACAAGGUGAUGGGGGCUUAUUUAUGCGUGUACAUAUUUAUUUAUAUUAAUUUAAAAGGUUGAUUUUGUAAAUAGGUGCCAACUAUUUUGGAGUAGGCCUAUUUAUCUGUGAUCUGAUCUUUGUGAGUCGCCAGUGGGUGGGGGUGGGGACAGUAAGGACUCAUCCAGUGUUUUUCUGUUCUUAUAGAGCUGUUGUCAUGGUGCUGAUGAUGGGUAGACAUGCUUUGAAUUGUCCUGUGCUUUCAUUUCUAUCACAUUGAUAAUAAACCAUGUGUUUUAUUAUGAGAGGUAUGCCGAAGUUACCCUUCCUCCAUGAAAACGCGACACUUGUAACUGAAAAAGCAAAGCACAAUAUUCAUCACACCAGUCUAAUAGCGUAAUAUCUCCGAUGCAAGAGAUUGAAGUAGUGUAUAGUUAAUGAUGAGUAAAGUUGUUUCAUUCAUCUCUGCCUUCGGAAAUUGUGACGCAUUUCGGCUCUUGGGCACAGAAAUAUUUACUGAUUGACUCUCGUUAAAAAUUUAACAUGCGCAGUAACGCCUCUUCAAUGCGAUAUAUAUAUAUAUAUAUAUAUAUAUAUAUAUAUUGUAUUAAAUACCCGCUGUUAUAUUAUCCUGCAAUAAUGAUCCACUUGCAAUUGCUGAAAGGCGCCGUUCAUUAGGAUCACAGCAUGCAUGGCCUAACAAUAGCUCUCCCAUAAUGUUUGCACAUCUUCUUAUUUUGUCAAAAUUCUUCAUACAUACCACUUCACCUUUUACUAUACCUACCACACAGAUGUCAAACAAUCAUUCUGCAAGUAAGAAGAAUAUCAACUUUGCAUAUUUGAUCUCAAACAUUAAAUUCAAUUAAAUGAUCAAAGUAGGAGAAAGUAAUGUAGACAGAACAUUCAAAUGAAACUGAUUUUAAACAUUUCAGUGUUCUAACAGACAACUCCAUUUGAAAUGCUCAUAUAUUAAAUCUGCGCCUUAUCCAAGACACCAAAUCGUUCUGAUUGCUACUUCUGAGGGAAUUGCAAUAACAAUUCCCUGAGAAAUAGCAUGUUCUUGAAAAAGAAAUAAGAGAGAAAUAAGAGAUGCUUCUGCCAAGCCAAAAGUACUCCAAAAGAACCUUGAAGGGGUUGUUCAUCAAUGUAUCCCACUGGCCAUCCUCCUGUUAUUAUGAUACACUAUCAUGGACAUGUACGAUAACAGUUGAAAGUUCAACGAAAAAAUGUCCAGUAAGCAGGUCAGCUGCAUGUGAAACUGUCCGGUCACCGCAAGGUGAAAAUGUAUCGCAACUGCUGUGAUUGAAUACUGAUAUGUUAUUCGUAAUGACUUACAUGACUUACAUGUGUUACAGCAGAAAGCAACCCCGCCCCACAACACAGGUUAUUAUAAGCUGUUCAAGUGUUUUUGGGCAAACAAUAGCACUUUUAACUAAAACAAUACCAAUACAAGUACUGGUAAUAAUAGACCAGAUACUGGUAUUUCAUCAUGCAAGGAAGCUGCAAUGUAUUCCAGAGCAUGCACACAGCAGGAUGGAUUCCAGGGAGAUAAUUGGCUGCAUUCUCGAGGCCUCUCACUCGCACGUGCGCAAGGGGAAAGGAAUUGUGCCUUGCGGGCCUUCUUCUGUGUUGGCUAUCUUCUCCUGUGCUGGCUAUAUCUCGCAAUGUGCUAAUGAUGAGAGAGCACGCGACGCACGGAUUUGAGCAGACAGAGAGAGAGAUUUUGCUUUUGAAAUCAACUUUAUUGGGCAGCUUUUUAAAAUUGUGCUCAAGGUAAAUGGCCACAAAAAUAAAAUAUUUUCAAAAACACGAGUGGUGGGGUUGAGGGGGAGCCUGGGGCUGAGUGUGACCCGUGAAGUGGAACGCUGCGUGACGCAGGUGCAGAGUUCAGUACCCGCAUGUCCGCAAGCCAUUCCCGUUCAACAAAAGGAGAAGCUACUGAGGAUCAGUGGCUACACAACAAAGAGGUUGGCUGGCUGCAACAAUAAACGUCAAUAGGACGGGCAUGACCUGAUGAUGUAUUAUUAAGUCUUAAGAUAAAAAAACAAAAAAAC